UUUAAAUGUUCUGUUGAUCCAAUUGGUCAUCCAGUUUCAGCUUUGAUGUUCUGUAUUGUGCUAACUGGGAUCGCUAGAAUUGAUUUGAACGUAUAAUUCGACAUAAGUGUAUAAGUAAAUUAUGGAAGAAGAUAAUGAAUACUUGAAACUUCCUGUCGAUGAAAAAUGCGUUCACAAGCUUUGGAAGGCCAGGUUAAAUGGCUAUGAAGAGGCCACAAAAUUGUUCCGUCAGUUAGAUGACGAGAAGUCUCCAGAAUUUUCCAAAUACCUUGGUCUGGUGAAGAAGUUUGUAAUAGACAGCAAUGCAGUUGCACAGGAGAGGGCCUUGGAAGCAGUUCUGGCAUAUGUUGAAAACUAUGCACUUGCUGGAAAGACCGUGGGAGAGGUGAUGUCCGGCAUAGUGGCAAAAUGCAUAGCCGCCCCCAAAGCCAAGACUAAGGAGCUGGCCAUCCAGGUGGCACUCAUGUACGUGGAGAUUGAGAAGCAGGAAGCAGUGCAGGAGGAGUUGAUGAAAGGAAUGGACCACAAGAACCCCAAGAUUGUUUCAGCGUGCAUCUCCACUAUGACAUUAGCCCUAAGGGAGUUUGGAGCCAAAGUGAUAACCAUCAAGCCUUUGGUGAAAAAAAUAUCAACUCUUCUGGAAGAUAGGGACAAGACUGUUAGAGAUGAAAGCAAAGCGAUGGUUGUGGAAAUAUUCAGAUGGGUGGGGUCUGCCCUGAGACCACAACUUAGUUCUCUGAAGCCACUCCAGUUGUCCGAGUUGGAGGCGGAGUUUGAGAAGGUGUCGAAGGAGAAGGCCAUGCCGACCAGGUACCUCAGGUCGCAGCAGAAGAGGCAAGUGGAAGUGGCAGCCGCAGCUGCGGAGGACGGCGAGGAGUGUGAUGAUGAAGCAGAUGGCUCGCAGGAGAUUGAUACUUACGAUUUGAUGGAUCCAGUGGAUAUUAUUUCUAAGCUUCCUAAGGAUUUCUAUGAGAAGUUGGAGGCUAAGAAAUGGCAAGAACGCAAAGAAGCAGUAGAUGCGUUGGAACAACUUACCCUAGCACCAAAAUUAGAAAGUGGUGACUAUGGGGAUUUGGUCAGAGCAUUAAAAAAGAUAAUAACCAAAGAUACGAAUGUGAUGGUGAUAGCUGUGGCUGGGAAGUGCCUGGCAGGUCUAGCCAACGGCUUAAAAAAACGGUUCCAACCAUACGCUGGUGCCUGCAUUCCAGCCAUCUUGGAGAAGUUUAGAGAGAAGAAACAGAAUGUUGUUUUAUCCCUCAGGGAAGCCAUUGAUGCUAUCUACCAGUGUACGACUAUUGAAGCAAUUCAAGAAGAUGUGCUGGCAGCUUUGGAGAACAAAAAUCCAUCUGUGAAAGCAGAGACAGCUUCAUUCCUUGCUCGCUGUUUUACGAGGUGCACACCUCAAAUGCUCACCAAGAAGAUUCUGAAGGCCUAUACAGCAGCUCUACUGAAGACACUCAACGAACCUGACCCGACGGUGCGAGACAACUCUGCUGAAGCCCUCGGCACAGCCAUGAAAGCAGCUGGAGAGAAGUCUAUCAUGCCCUUCAUGACUGAUAUCGAUAAUCUGAAAUUAGUUAAGAUAAAAGAGUGCUGUGAGAAGGCGGUGAUGCUGGUGAAGGUGUCGAAGGUUGUGGAGCGGCCGAGCUCCGCGCCGGUCAAAGCGCAGGGCAAGGCGCCUCCCAAGGCUGGAAGCACUGCUGCAAAGCCCGUCAAGAGGCCCGGCACUGCCACUGUCGUUGCAAAGAAACAGCCAGUAAAGAAAAGUAGUGCGCAGCCGGCGGGAGCGAAGGGGAAGGCGGUGGUGAAGCCCAUGGAGAAGGAACUGAGCCCAGAGGACCUGGACGAGAAGGCGGGCGAGAUGUUCCCAGAGGAACUGAUCAGCGGGCUGGGGGACGCCAACUGGAAGACGAGGCUCGCUGCUGUGGAGCAGUUGACUGAGAUAAUAAAAGCCAUGGAUGCAGCUGAUGUUUCCAGUCAAGUGGUCAUCCGUACUCUAAACAAGAAGCCAGGGCUGAGAGAUACAAAUGUACAAGUAGCCAAAGCUCGCCUGGAAACUGUGAAAUAUGUGGCAGAAACAGUUCGCAUGUCCAAUAUGGUGCUAGACUACUGUCUCACCGAGGUAGUGGAGAAACUGGGCGACCCGAAGACGACCACACAGGCUGCGGACACACUCACGGCAUUGGCAGAGGCCACAAAGCUGGACGUCGUUGCGACUGAUGUCCUCAACUAUGCCUUCUCCCAGAAGAGCCCCAAGUUGCACCAAGAGUCUCUCAAUUGGGUGUCCUCUGCCAUCUUGGAUUUUGGAUUUGUGAUACAGCCAAAGCCUUUGGUGGAUAUAGUAAAGAAGGCUUUAGCUGCAACCAAUCCGGUGGUUCGCAACUCUUCCAUCGCUCUCUUGGGGACACUCUACCUGUACAUGGGAGAUGAUCUUCGCAUGCUUUUUGACACAGAGAGGCCAGCUUUGCAACAACAGAUAUUUGCAGAGUUUGACAAGCACGCUGGUGACGUUCCCCCACCCCCUACAAGAGGCCUGUCUCGCUCGACCAAGGCUGCUGGUGACGGCGGCGAAGACGAGGAAAUGGAUUACGAGGAUGACGAGGAGGGGGCGGCCCAGAGCACGAAUGUGAGGGAGCUCAUGCCCAGAGUGGACAUUAGCUCUCAGAUCACGGAAUGCCUAGUCACCGAGCUUGCUGAUAAGGACUGGAAGGUUCGAAACGAAGCCAUUCAGAAGCUGUCGAACAUACUGACAAAAGAGAAGUUUGUGACCAACAGCCUGGGUGAGCUGCCUCCCGUGCUGGCCAAGCGCCUUGUUGACAGUAACGGCAAGAUAGCCGUUGCUGCGUACUCGCUGUGUCAGCAGCUGGGUGUUGCAAUGGGGGCUCAAGGCAAGACACACAUCCGCACGUUCUUCCCGGGACUGCUUCAGGGAAUGGGUGAUAGCAAGGUGUGGGUCCGGUCAGCAGCUUUAACUUGCAUCAACACGUGGGCUGAACAGUGUGGCUCUAAGGAAUUCUUUGAUGGGGAAAUGAUAGCAGAUGCUCUGAAGAGCGGCAGCCCUGCCUUACGCAGUGAGCUCUGGUCCUGGCUGGCCGAGAAACUGCCCACAAUACCUGUGAAAAGUAUUUCAAAAGAGGAGCUUCAAGCAUGCAUACCUCUGCUCUAUGCGAACCUGGAGGAUCGCAACAGUGAUGUUCGCAAAAGUGCUCAAGAGGCGGUGCUGGGCUUCAUGAUUCACCUCGGCUACGAACAAAUGAUGAGAGCGACUGAGAAACUGCCAUCCACAUCAAUGACCUCGGUUCGUUCGAUCCUAGAGAAUGUUUAUCCGAACUUGCCAACAAAGCCACAAGUCAAGAAGAAAGCGGAUAAUCCUGCUGCUGCAGAAAGCGGGAAAGCGGCAAAGAGUGGUCCAGCCAAGCCUGCAGGGAACAGAGUUGGCUCUAAGGGCAAGGUGGUGGCAAAAUCAGGGCGCAAAAAAGAAGAGGAUGUGGACACUUCUCCUCUCCUUCAAGCAAACUCCUUGAAACAUCAGAGAAGUGUGGAUGAGCAUAAACUAAAGGUUCUCAAAUGGAACUUCACAACACCGAGAGAGGAGUUUGUAGAGCUGCUGAGAGACCAAAUGAUGACUGCAAAUGUUAACAAGAAUUUGAUUGCAAACAUGCUACAUUCUGACUUUAAGUUUCACUUGAAAUCCAUUGAGUCGCUGGCAGAGGACUUGCCAAUCAAUCCAGCUGCAACUAUUUCGAACCUUGACUUGAUUCUCAAGUGGUUGACACUUCGUUUCUUCGACACGAAUCCAUCUGUUCUGUUGAAGGGCCUUGAGUACCUUCAGACAGUAUUUAACAUGCUGAUUGAAGAAGGGUACAAUAUGUUCGACCAUGAAGCAUCAUCAUUUCUGCCAUACCUAAUCCUGAAGAUUGGUGAUCCAAAAGAUGCUGUUAGAAAUGGAGUCCGAGCUUUGUUCACACAAAUACAGAAUGUGUAUCCUGCCUCCAAACUGUUUGCAUACAUUAUGGAUGGUCUUAAGUCAAAAAAUGCAAGACAGCGGACAGAAUGCUUAGACCUACUGGGGUCACUCAUAGAGUCGUACGGCCUGCCUGUAUGCCAGCCAAGUGCUGGUGUGGCUUUGAAGGAAGUGGCUCGACAAAUCUCAGACCGUGAUAACUCUGUCAGAAAUGCUGCUCUGAAUUGCAUAGUUCAGGCGUACUUCCUUGAAGGCGAGAGGGUCUACAAGCUGGUUGGUCAGAUCUCGGACAAGGAUAUGUCUCUGCUGGAGGAAAGAAUAAAGCGGGCAUCGAAAAACCGGCCGCCUGCACGCGUGGUACCGCCGCCUGUCACCCGGCAGACGAAUGUGGUACAGCCAGUGAAACACGAGCCAGAGGUCUUUGAGGAGCCAGCAUAUGGCGAGACUUCACCAGUGGAGAUGCCGGAGCCAGCACCCAUCAUGAGGAUGACUAUACCUAAGCCUCGACCAAUGUCAGGGCCAUUUGGCUUGGACAUGAACCUUUUGGAGCGAAUCGAGUCGAACGGUGUGGAACUGCGUGCACCAAAACUACAAGAGUUUGAUUAUGAGUUCCUUGGAUCCUUACCAGCAGUCUCUCCACCGAAAGCUCCGACAAUGCGCCCCUCCCCACAGCCGACACACGUCUCAGAGCCGAUAACGUUCAGCUCUUGUAGGACCAUGGAGGACACCCUGGAUCUGGUGAUUUCGAACUUGAAGAGCCCGGAUGUGGCGAUGUUUCGGGAGACCAUUGCCCAGUUGGACGGCUUAAUCCAGAGCAACAAGGCGAUGCUCCUUCUGGACCAGGCGGACCAGCUCGUCUCGGCGGUCGUGAUGCAGCUUCAUCUGCUGAAAGACAACAACCGUUUUGCCACGGACGCCAAGCAGAUACCAGUGUGCUACCGCAUGUCCUUCAUGCUGUUGCUCUCGUUUUUCAACAAUGAACAGCUGGCCAGGAAAGUGUCACGAGACGUACUGAAGGAUCUCGUGGAGGAGUUGAUAACCAUACUGGUGGAGGAGAGGAUGGAGAAACUAGAUUUCAGUGAACAAGCCAUCAGGGUCAUCAAUCUGACUGUAGUCAGAGCGAUUGAGAAGUCUGAUCACACAAAUGCUACAUGCGCGCUGAUCACGCUCCUGCACGAGGCCGUCGGCAGCCGAUCGUCCACCAGGUUCCUAGACCUGGCUAUGAAGUGCCUGUGGAAGGUCAUCAAGCUGCUGCCCAAGUGGGACGGCGAGGUUCAGUACGACGCCGUGCUCUACGAGAUACACCGCUUCUUCAAGGAAUAUCCUCCAGCUAUGUGGAAGAAACAGUCUUCUGACACACCACUCAGGACACUUAAAACUAUUCUUCAUACAUUGGUUAAAAUGAAGGGGGAUAAGAUAUAUGGUUACCUAGGAAGAAUCAACAACCUUCAAGAAUCUGAUCUGUAUGCCUAUCUGCAGAAACUUACCAAGUCCCUGAAGCAGGAUGAUGGGAAGCAUUUGAAAAAAGAAUCCAAAUCACAGCACAGGUUGUCAAAAAUUGUGCAUGAGCAGCUCUCUGAGAUCUUUAAGAAAAUUGGUUCCAAAGAAGAAUCUAAAGUGGGUUUGGCACUACUGUUCGACUUCAGAGAGCAGCACCCAGAAGCUGACAUUGAACCUUUCCUUCGCAAAUCAUCCCAGUUUUUUCAAGACUACAUAGAGCAAGGUCUACAUCAAAUAGAGAAGGAGCGUCGCAGGCAGCUGGGUCGUGAGGAUACUAUGGGGGCGUCCAGCACGUCUUCGCUAGGAAGCGCAGACACGAUGCUGACUUGCAGCGGGGAAUCCGUGGAGUCGGCGUCGACGCGCAACGCGAAGCCGCGAGGCGCGCCAGACCCGGCGGAGGACUCCGACCCCCUCGGCAAGAACCCCACGUACUACCUGCAGCGCCUGAGACACCUGCAGGCUGGCGCAGGCCUGGAUCCCUCGGCGCUGGCGCCUCCCCCCAAGACUGCCGGCGGCAACGAGUUUGACAUAAAUAUCAACAGGAAACCUCAUUUGGACAGGAAUGAGCCGUCAGAGCCAAAUACUCGUCCUCAGGCACCGGCAGUAGACGUGGAAAACAUUCGCAAGCGCCUGGAGGCACUUAAAACAGCUGUCAAGAGCUGAAGACAUGCUCAUAUUUUCGGAAUGAGAACUGUGUAAGGCAAGCAUGCUUUUAAUACCUUUUAUUAAUCAUGUUAAUUUAUUAUGUUAAGUGUUGUUUUGAGUAUUACGUUUAUUCUUAGUGACACUGAAAAGAAUAUCUUAUAGUUCAAAAUGUAAGAGACUAAUAUUUGUUUUGUGUAAAUAAAUACUGUCACACAUGUUUGCUUUACACUGUUUUUAUAAUUUUGCAUUGUAUUAUCAUAAUACAGUUGUAUGCUAUGUAAGUUACUUGUUUUCAAAAAUCUGAUAUUGAUGGUUUCUCUUAUACAAAAUGACAUUACUUAUUAUCACUGGUACAGAAAGUGAACAGUUUUGAUACUCUAAUUAUUUCUCUGAGGAAUGUAGAUAUGUAGAAAAUAAAUAAAUUUAGGAGCACAUUUUCCAGAAUAACAGACUGCAGUAUAAAAAUUUGUAUGGUAGUUUUUUUCUUGUUAAGUACUGUCUUGUAGCACAGUGUGUAUGUACCACUGGUAAGUUGGCAUGUAUCCAAUUAAACUAAUGAACAUUUCUAUAAUGCAAUUGAUUAAUACUGGCAGUAUUGUAAAUGUGAAUUUGUUUUCUUUGUGGUUGUGAACAUAUAAGUUUUUUAAUAAUAGUCUCUCUUCAUUAUGCUUUAAAUUAAUUUAUAACUUUUUUUUUACCUUAGUGUGUCUUUAGCUGCACAAUUAUCAUAAUUGUAAUCAGUUUCAUUAAAAUUGUAAACCAAUGACUGAAGUAUUAUUUUUAAUCUUUUUACUACUGGUACAUCUUCUGUACAUUACUAAUUGACCUAAUUAUAUUGGUGCCACACUCACUAUUGUUUACCAAGCUAUAAAAAUGACAAAAACACUUUUAUUAUAAUAUUAUGAAAUCAUCAUCUAACUACAGUUUGAUACCUGAAGAGGUAAACAAAGCAGAUAUUUUAAUGUUCUUGUAGCUGUGGUUUGGGAGAAAGCACAGUGCAGGCCACUUGUGUCGAAGGCGAAAGAACCACCUGGUUUAGUGGGGUUGCUCUGAUGGACUCUGUUCCACAGCUGCCACAAUUAUCGUACAUAUAGGGAGUUUACUUUAAAGUCCCAGUGAUAUAACUACAUUUCAAUAAUGCAUUAUCUACUUGUGUUACAGACUUCCCACAAUAAACUUCCUUUGUGUUUUAGUGAGCAUGAUAGCUAAAGUUGAGCAUACAUAGUAACAUUUUUAUUUAGGCCACUUUGA